AUCAAGGUUCAAUGUUCAUGGCCAAACUCUGUUAGCCAUUAGGUUGACUAUAGUGCAGGUCAUUUGGUUAGAGUAUACGCAUUUGCACACAAAUGAAUCUCACUUCAGAGAGCCACAGGAUCCCUCUCAGUGACGGUAACUAUAUUCCACUCCUGGGAUUGGGCACCUAUGGGGACCUUCGAACGACACCCAGAGGCACGGCACUUGAGUGUGUCAAGCUGGCCAUCGAUGUGGGUUACAGACACUUUGAUGGGGCGCUGGUGUAUUUCAAUGAGUAUGAAGUUGGCCAAGCCAUUAGAGAAAAGAUAGCAGAUGGAACUGUGAGAAGAGAAGACAUUUUUUACUGUGGAAAGCUCUGGAAUACCUUCCAUCCACCUGAGUUGGUGAGACCAGCAUUGGAAAGGACUCUGAAAGCCUUACAACUCGACUAUGUGGAUCUCUACAUUGUCGAGCUUCCCAUGGCCUUCAAGCCUGGAAAGGAAUUUUACCCUAAAGAUGAGGAUGGAAAACACAUCUACCACCACACAGACCUCUGUGCCACAUGGGAGGCUUUAGAGGCUUGUAAAGAUGCUGGACUGGUUAAAUCUCUGGGAGUCUCAAAUUUCAACCGCAGGCAGCUUGAGCUGCUCCUCAAUAAACCUGGACUCAAACACAAACCCGUCUCUAACCAGAUUGAAUGCCAUCCAUAUUUCACACAACCCAAACUUCUGGAGUUCUGUCGUCAGCAUGACAUUGUGAUUGUUGGCUAUUGCCCACUUGGCUCCUCCAGAGAUGCUUCUUGGGUGAAUUUGAAGUGUCCUCCUAUGCUGGAGGAUGAGUUGCUGGUGUCCAUUGGGAAGAAGUACAAUAAGAGCAGUGCUCAGGUGGCUCUGCGCUUUAACGUACAAAGAGGAGUGGUAGUGAUUCCAAAGAGCUUCAGCCCUGAGAGGAUCAAACAUAACUUCCAGAUAUUUGAUUUUUCACUCACUAAGGAUGAAAUGAAAGCUAUCGAAGCUCUGAACAAAAACAUCCGCUUUGUGGAGCUGCUGAUGUGGAGUGAUCAUCCUGAAUAUCCCUUCCAUGAUGAAUAUUAAACUCAGAGUUUUCUGUGCUGUGCAUUAUUUUUUGUGCUUGAGUUUCUUAGUCAAAAUAAAGAAAAAUCAAUUUAAAAAAGGGGGGGGACACAGACUUCCAUAUUAUGUUUAGGUGCAUUUUCACUCUGAACACUAGAGGGCUCCCUGUCAUCAAAUGGCCAGUGGAUAAAGUAUGUUUGGUUCUUCAUAUAGUUCCUGCAAGAGCAGAAGGUAUGAAGGGCAACUCCAACAUCAAACAACAAAUUUGCUCUGAUUGGCCAGACUGACUGGCCUCAUCAAACUUCACUCAUCAUGUCACAAUAACACUGCUAAAACUGGAAAAACUAAAGAAAGUUUUAUUGGAACUACAAUAUUACCUACCAGGUUGACUCUUCAGCAUUUUCCAUGUCCAUGCCAGAAAAAUUAGAACAAGAACUAUAAAAGCUAUUAAAAAUACCUACAAGAGAACUUUUUUGGUCAUUGUAGGGCAAGAUGCUGGGCAAAAGUAUAAAUACCCUGACAACCUUUCAUGGGAAUGUGUACUCCAUAAGAAAAUCUAGUUUGGUAUUUUGUUGUCCAACUUCUUUAGUUAAAUCAGGGGAAAAAAAACAAAAAAAACAACAAAACAACAAAAAAAAAACUGAUGACC